CAGUUACUGGCGAGUUGACAGCUUGACAGAGAAUGCUGCGAAUGUUUUUACUGUUCGAUAUAAUAUUUCUACUCACACGGAAUAAUGAGCUUUGAGGCAUAUUAAAAAUAAAGACGUGUCACCGUCUAGGCUUUUAUUAGUUUGAACCCACACGUCUGUAACCUACGUAGUGACUGUCUAGAAACGUCCAAACGGGAUCCUUGGGACGUCCCAACUGUCUGACGUCACCCCAUUGAAGUUUAUUUAUUUUUGUAUUUUUUAUUAACAAAUAUCAACAAAAGAGGAAUAGUCACAUGCAAACAAGCAUACAAACUAUUUACAUUGCCAGGAAUCCUAAACAAACAAAUCAUAUUCAUGAAUAAUACAAGUUUGAAUUGCCUUUUUGUUUUUCAUUUUAGUUAAAGUAGUGCCAUAUUGUUUAAACUCAUUUAUAAAGUGAAAAAAGUUAGGUUUUGAAUUAGAACAUUUGUGAAUAUGAAAUUUACCUAGUAUUAUUAGCAGUUGAAUUAAAUAUACUACAUCUUUGUCAGAAUUUCUGAAAUGUAUCAUUAUAUCAAAACCAUUAAAUAGUACAACCGUCCUAUUUUUUUUUUUGUUGUAACAAUUCUGUCACCCCAUUGAAGUUGAAACUUAAAUGGUAGCGGUUUCGGGUAGUGACGUUCCAAGGAUAACGUGACUGGUUCUGCAAAGAGGUCUUGCGCUUUAUGGCACCGGACAGGUCAUGGACCCAGGCUGUCCAAGGUUAACCUCUUCACCCUGCUCAGUUUAUGGAUGGAACUUUUCCCCAAGGAGGAACCAGAAGACAUAAACCAGAAUGACUUUACGCGGGGUACAGGCCUGGUGGUGGUUCGGGACCAGAGGGUGGUGGGUCUCCACUGCUCCGGUCCAGAGCUCCACGUGGGGCAGGUAGCUGUGAUCAGACACGGGCCCAGGCUGGCUGCCUCAGACCUCUACUUCUCUAGGAGACCCUGCGCUACCUGCCUCAAGAUGCUUAUCAAUGCUGGGGUGAGCCGCAUCUCCUUCUGGCCUGGUGACCCUGAGAUGAGUCUGCUAGCGGUCAGGCCUAAUGGGACGGACUCCACUUCCCAGGAUGCCAUGCUGGACGCCAUUGCGUCCGAGAGGCUGAAAUCCAACAGCCGGCCCCACAUCAGUGUGGUGGUGCAGCCCGUGGCCCCCGGCCUGCAGCAGUUUGUGGAGGAGACCUCCAGGGGGUGUGACUUCAUGGCGAGGGUGUCGGGGGACGACCCCGAAUUGGACGCCGGGGACUUCUACUGGAAGCAGAGGAGACGGAACCUGGACACUUUCUCCAAAGAGUUCCUAAUCCCACACGAACAGUGCCACCGUGACAUUCUCACCAAAAUAGGUCUGGAGAACUUCUGCAUGGAGCCGUACUUCUCCGACCUGCGUCAGAACAUGAGGGAGCUGGUUGGGGUUCUGGCCUCAGUAGCUGCUAGUGUGCCUCUUCUCCAGCAUGGCUUCUACAGGAAGGACUCCCAGCCUGCAACCUCGGAGCAGCCCCAGCCUCAGGGGGUGUCCCAGGAAAUUGCCAGACACUGCAUCGUACAGGCCAGACUGUUGGCCUACAGAACAGAGGACCCUAAGGUUGGGGUUGGUGCUGUCAUUUGGGCAGAAGGGAAAUCAGGUGGUUGUGAUGGCACGGGGCGGCUGUACCUGGUGGGUUGUGGGUACAACGCCUACCCAGUGGGCUCAGAGUACGGAGAGUACCCCCAGAUGGACAACAAACAGCAGGACCGCCAGAGGAGGAAGUACCGCUACAUCAUCCACGCUGAGCAGAACGCACUCACCUUCAGGAGUGACGAGAUCCGCGAGGAGGAGAACACCAUGCUGUUUGUGACUAAGUGUCCGUGUGAUGAGUGUGUCCCUCUGAUCCGAGGAGCUGGGAUCAAGCAGAUCUACACCACUGACCUGGACAGCGGCAAAGACAAGGGAGACAUCUCCUACCUCAGAUUCCACAGCCUCCAAGGAGUCCUGAAGUUCAUUUGGCAGAAGUCCUCUCUGGCCAGGAGAGCCUCUGAACAUGCUGGUCUUCAUCUAGCCAAUGGAUGUGUGGGGAAGCAUGGGAGACAGCCUGAACAGGCCCUUCAAUCCAAUAAGAGGUUACGGUCAGCAACAAACCCAGACCGUUCCCCUGUUUGUUGAACAAUGGUACCUGUAGCUUUCAGUCUGGUUUCACCAGGCUACGGUCCCCGGGCUCUUGUUGGCAUUGGAAACAUUUCAUUUAUCCAAUCACAUAUUGAUCAGUGAUUCAAGUAAGGAAGGAUGCAUUUUAACAAUGUUGGAAAUUCAAAGGCCUCUUCAUACUCCCCUGUAAUGGACAGUUUCAAGGAGUAAACUCAAGGUGAUUUUUAAAGGACAUGGUACUACGUAGAUAUUUAAAAAAAAGUAUUUGCAAGGCUUGUAUGUAUAAGUUAACUGUAAAUGCGUGUUUCCUAAUUGUUUGAGGAGUUUACAAUGAAAGUUGUAUGAAGGCUACUGUUGAUUGUAGCUUUAAGUUUACUAUAGUUCUUCCAGACUUGAAGAAUCCAAGUCCCAUCCCAGCCAGUGCAGGCUACCGCCACUAUAUUGCACUUUUGCCUCAAAGGAUAAUAACUCCUAGACCCAUGCAACUGUGCUUUGUCUGUUGUUUUUUUGUUACAUGGUUGGCUCCUACAUCCUGGAAUUGUUUCAUCCUAUUUUGCCAAACUGCUUUUAACUGACAACAAUAAGCAUCUAACAGCAAAAAAAAACUAUAUAAAAUAUGACAAACCGGGAAAACAAUGUAUGCAUUUCUUUUAUUGGUGUUGUGGUACAGUAGUAUCAGUGAUAAAAAAAAAAAAAUGAAAUCCCAUGGUUGAAAAG